UGAAAUUUGUAGCUGUCGACUUCAAACUGCUUUCAACGAACGGAAAGUAAUUGAGUUCGUGUUGUAUUUAUUAAUUGCAGAUUGUGGCAAUUUAUUGAAGGCGUCAUGACGCGCAGCACGAUGCUGUCGCUGCUGUUCGGGUUUAUCAGUCUCGUGUACGCAAUGGAGAUGUCUAAGUGCGCCGAUUCGCAAAGUAGGACGAUAUAUGAUUUCAAUGUGAAGGAAUUGGAUGGGGAGACAGUAUAUCCUUUACGUCUUCUUUUGGGCAAUGUGGUGUUGAUAACUAACACCGCGUGCUUCUGAGGAAUGACAUCGACCCAGCUUGAGGGUCAGAAUGCACUUUUAGAAAAAUUUAACAACAGAAAUGUCAUCACCGUUGGAUUUCCCUGUAAUCAGUUUGGUAUGCAAGAACCGGGACGUCCUAAUGAAAUACUCAAUUGUUAUAAAUACGUGAGACCUGGAAAGGGUUGGACUCCUAACUCCCAGUUUAAAAUUAUGGAUAAAAUCGAUGUCAAUGGAGAUAACGAACACCCACUGUUCACCUUUUUGAAGGAUACAUGUCCACCUGUCAAGAGCAAAAUUGGGUCGAAAGAUGGUAUAUACUGGUCUCCAAUUGUAAUUGGCGACAUUACCUGGAAUUUCGGAAAAUUUCUAAUUGAUAAAACUGGAAAACCAAGAUAUCGAUUUGCUCCAGGAGUCUCUCCUAUUUCCAUAGAGAGUUACAUCAACGAACUUCUUGCCGAAGACACGCCUACUUGAAUCAUUCCUUCCUUGCUUUACAAUACCGUAUAAAUAUUUUUAUCAUGAAAUACAAGGGGUCGGUGAUUGACAUAUUAUUUUCAAAGGUAUUUGUAAAUUUCUCAUUUGAUAUUGUUGUUCAAUAGGCUCGAUAUCGAAACUUUAUGUUUCUCAUUAUUAUGAAGAUUCUUGCUGAAAGUGUUAUACACUGGCUGGAUUCUGACAACAAUGAAAAAUUGUGUUCUUGUGCAUUCGAACGCAAUUUACAUUGUGAUGCUGAACGUAAUUGUACGAUAUACUUGUCUGAAUAAAAUUCUAUUGGAGAGUAAAGA